GCAUCCGCAUCCGGCGGCCACACAGCAGCUUCCUCUAGGGGGAGCUGAUCGGAGCCGGAGCAGCCGGCACCUCUAGGAUCACCGCAGCUUCUCGAGGCACUAGGGCCACGCCGUGACAGGCUGAGGCUGCGUCCAGACUCCAGGACUCUCCUGACGCCUGUUCCUAGAAGCUGGGCCUGGGCACCCAGCCCCCAGGGAACAGCUGCUGGCCUCUCAGGAUCUUUGGCCUCGGCCCUGUGAGCCAUCCCAGGACUGGGCUAGAGCCCCGCAGGCUGACCCGGUCCUCCACUGGGACCUGAAAAAUGGCAUCCGGGCAAGGCCCAGGGCCUCCCAGGCGGGAGUGUGGAGAGGCUGCCCCGUCUUCUACUUCUGAGGAGCAGGUAGCCCGGGACACCGAGGAGGUUUUCCGCAGCUAUGUUUUUUACCGCCAUCGGCAGGAGCAGGAGGCUGAGGGGGCGGCUGUGCCAGCUGACCCAGAAAUGGUCACCUUGGCCCUAGAACCUAGCAGCACCAUGGGGCAGGUGGGUCGGCAGCUCGCUAUCAUUGGGGACGACAUCAACCAGCGCUAUGACUCGGAGUUCCAGGCCAUGUUGCAGCACCUACAGCCGACAGCAGAGAAUGCCUAUGAGUACUUCACCAAGAUUGCCUCGAGCCUAUUUGAGAGCGGCAUCAACUGGGGCCGAGUGGUGGCUCUCCUGGGCUUUGGCUACCGCCUGGCCCUGCAUGUCUACCAACGCGGCCUGACCGGCUUCCUGGGCCAGGUGACCCGCUUCGUGGCCGACUUCAUGCUGCAUCAUUGCAUUGCCCGGUGGAUCGCGCAGAGGGGUGGCUGGGUGGCAGCCCUGAACUUGGGAAACGGCCCCAUCCUGAACGUGCUGAUAGUGCUGUCUGUGGUUCUGUUGGGCCAGUUUGUGGUACGAAGAUUCUUCAAAUCAUGACUCCCAGAGGGGCCCUUUGGGUCCUAGCUGACACCUCUGCCUGGACUUCAGCCAAGCCUUCUCCCUCACCACCACCACCACCCCCCCGCCCCCGCAGGGGCCCUCCUCAAGAUUACAGAAGCUUUAGCAAGUGGGCACUCCAGUUUGAGAGGGCCCCUGCCCAGGGUCAGUCAGGCUGCCAGGGGUGCCCCAACAUUGCAUGGUGCUAAUGGGCCCCCUCUCUGGGCCCCAUCCUGUCAGAGACAGGUUGUAUCCUUCUUCCUCAGCUCUCUGGGGCUCUCUCCACCCUGUCUUUGGGUACUGGGGAGACUGACAACUUGGGGAAGUAAGAGGCUGAGAGUCACUUUCCCCCAAAUUUUUAAUAGUUAUAGCUUUUUUAUAAUGCCCUUGGAAGGACCCUCCCCACCAUACCCACCACUCUGUCUAAGCCAGGAUGUCUGAGGUGUGGGGGUUUAGUAGGCCACUCUAUAUUCCGUAGGACUCAGCUGUUCUAGAAGGUCAGAGCGUGACUACUGGGCCUGGAGCCCAGUCCUGGCCCUUCCUAAGCUCUCCCCCCUGCUCUCCCAGUGCCCCCACCUCAUACUGCCUUUGCAGCAGACUCUCAGGGAUUCUGGGUCUGGGUGGGAUGAGGAUGGCGUGGGGGUGCAGACCAGAGCUGUCACAACUUCAUCAGCACCCCCUAAGUCUGCCUCCUGAGAUCCUCAGUGUUCUUCCUUCCUCUCACAUAUUACCAUUUAAACCCGACCUAUUCACUACAAGUGAAGCCCACCCUGGCCCUAUCACUUCAAACAAGGAAGGAGGGGCCUUGGAUAAGUGGAGUGCUGAGGUCCCCUUCUUGCCCAGACUGUAGAGUUUAGAACUAGUUUGCUAUUGUCAGGGAAAGAGGGUAAGGAGCUCAUCUGGAGGUUUCUGAGUGAGAAAAGGGCUGUUAAUGUCACUAGGAACCCCAGGGUUGGGAUCCUCCCUUGUGGCCUGGGCACAGUGUAAUCUGGGGGUGUGGAUGGAAAAACUGAAUACUUGAACUCGACCCUCCAACCCCCCACUUUUCACACUCCUCACCUGCCUAAGCCCCUUCUGUGAGUGGAGGUGGAAAUACCUUGUCUAUCUUGCACAGCCUACAGGUCUGGGGGAAAGGAGAGAGAAGUUCAUGAUUAAGCCAAAUGCAGGGAGCGGAUGCAGAUGGAGCUCGCUGACCAGCCCCCACCCUCUGAGUGUGUCUGAAAAUAAACUGUAAUCCCCUGAU